AAAUAUAAUUUAGCAUCAUCCAUGGAAGAGACAUUACAGUUCUCUCGUUUCCUCAUCCCUCUUGCGCUUCUCUUUGCUCUUAUUCAUGUCUUCAACUUCAAACUCAAAAAAGUUAGCUCCAAAAAUCUACCACCGGGCCCACCUUCACUUCCCGUAAUCGGUCACCUCCAUCUCCUAAGAGAGCCAUUCCACCAAAUGUUGCAAAAUCUCUCUAAAAAAUACGGUCCAAUCCUAUCGCUCUCGCUCGGUUUUCGCUCGGUGGUGGUCGUAUCCUCCCCCUCCGCUGCCCAAGAGUGCUUUACAAAAAAUGACAUCGUUUUUGCCAACCGCCCUCGAAUGAUUUCUGGCAAGAUCCUAAACUACAACUACACAUCCGUAGGGGCCACCGCCUACGGUCAGCACUGGCGCAUUAUGCGACGCAUUGCCACCACAGACCUACUCUCCACUCAUCGUCUCAACUCCUUUAUUAACCUUCGACAGCAGGAGGUCAAAUUAUGGCUAAAAAAUUUGUACCAAACCACUGGUCAAAAUAAUGUGCAAGUGGAGAUAAGGACUAAACUGACGGAGCUGUCGUUCAACAUUGCUUUGAGGAUGAUGACUGGGAAGCGAUACUUCGGGGUUGAUGUGGAAGAUUCUGAGGAGGGGAGGAAGUUGAAGAAAGUGAUGAAGGAAGUUUCUCUACUAAGUGGGGCGUCGUAUCCGGCUGAUUUUUUGUCGGUCUUAAAACUAAUUGAUUAUCAAGGAUUUAGAAAGAGGUUGUGGAAAGUGUGGGCGGGUGCUGAUGGUUUUGCACAAAGUUUGAUCGAUGGUCGUCGCGAAAGGAAAGCUUCGUGUUCUUUUUCGCCGGAGGAAAGCCGAAAGAAUAUGAUUGAUACUAUGUUGUCGUUGCAAGACUCCGACCCUGGUUAUUAUAAAGACCAUAUUAUCAAGGGUCAAAUUUUGACCCUAUUGGCUGCUGGAACUGACACAACGGCAGGAACAAUAGAGUGGGGGAUGUCACUUCUUCUCAACCAUCGAACAAUAAUGAAGAAGGUUUGGAGUGAGAUAAAUGAGUACGUUGGAGAGCAACGACUGGUAGAGGAAGCCGAUCUUACCAACCUACCAUUUCUUCAAGCCAUAAUCAACGAGACGAAUCGUCUGUUUCCGGCGCUUCCAAUAUUGGUGCCACGCGAAUCAUCUGAAGACUGCACAAUUGGAGGGUACGAUAUUCCAAAAGGAACAAUGUUGGUGGUGAAUGUGUGGGCCAUCCAUCGGGACCCCAAAGUGUGGCAGGACCCCACGAGUUUCCAGCCAGAGAGGUUUGAAAAUGGGGAGGUGGUUGAAGCGAAUAAGUUACUGCCAUUUGGAAUGGGGAGGAGGGCAUGUCCAGGUUCUGGCCUCGCCCAUAGGGUCGUGGGCUUGGCAUUGGCCACUCUCAUUCAGUGCUUUGAGUGGGACAAGAUCGGCCCAAACGAAAUUGAUUUGUUUCAAGGAAAUGGUCUCACCAUGCCCAAAGCCCACCCUUUGGAGGCAAUGUGCAAACCUCGUGCUCCCAUGAUCAACUUACUCUCUCAACUUUGACUUGUUCGUUAAAUAGUUAUGUGUGUUAUAUGUCAUAAUGUGUUUCCAUCUAGCUAUUUUAUAUCUCAUAAAUAAGGGGCAAAGUUUCGAAUUUACAACUCUUAUUCGAGGAGAUAUUUGGAUAUUAUAUCACUCGACUAGGUUCAAGUUGAAUAUUUAUUUCUUUUUACA